AUGGACUUCCGCAACAUCCAUCGCGAGCAAGUCUCCGACUUCGUCUGGAAGUGGCGCUGCAAAUUCCUUCGCGGCGACGAUGCGGGCCCCAAGAAGGCAUCCGAUCUCGACUCGGCCAGUGACGACGAGGAUGCCAACGGCGCUGCCGGCACGUUCAGCAAGGACCCAACUUUCGGCACCGACGCCGCCGUCAAGACCAUGUAUGAGGGUCGCAACUCAUCAUGUGCAAACUACGAAUGGGUCGAUUACCCGCCCAAGCAGCUUUCCAGGACGGCCGCCCGCGUACAAGAUCGCGUAGCCAUCAAGGUGUACAAGGUCAAGGAUCGCGACAAGCCUUGCAUCGCCGGUCACUUCCCGCUCAAGCACCACCGCCUUGAAAUCCAAAACGCCGGCUUGGUCGCGGCCCUGCAGCCUAUCCUGAAGAAGGAAAAUGUUCACCUCGACGUAAACUCGACGGCGACCUUCCAUGAGCCCUUUCGGUCACUCUGGUUUUGCCAUGGUGACAUUGUCGAGCUGCACCAGUCCACCAACGCCUCCUCCCCCCUCAAGCCGUACCUCACCCUGUUUCUGCGUAUCUUGGAUGGCAUUUUUUCCGACCUGCAAGCCAAGUGGAAGCAUCUGCAGGCCAGCGGCCUCGUCGACUUCCACUCCGCCUGGGCCCUUUUCUCUCGGGGGUGUACCCUCUACAGCCAUGGCCUGAACGCCGAUUUUCUCGCCAAGGUGGAGGGAACCGAGUACGUCCGUGAAGAAAAGGCCCUUUCUCUCCAAAUCAGGAUCAAGACCUUGGUAUUCGACGGUCAGCGUUUCGUCUGGCGGGCCACGCGGCUGGUCAUAGACGAGUACGAGGGCAACAAACCCAUCAAGGAACUGCAGCACCACCCCAUAUCCUUCCACCCGUCCGGCGACGACGUCACCGAGCGCCUCAUUCAACGCGGUAAAAAGGUUCUGGACCUCCAGGGUCUACGUUACUGCUCAUACAACGGCAUCGCCAUCCAGUCAGCCGGCAAGGAGGUCAGCAAGCACCUUGUCCAAGGCCGCAUCCUCAUCGACGUCUUCGGCUACAACAAGCAUCACCUGGCUCAAGGCCGCCGGGAGAGGAAAGAGGCCCGGGCCUCGUGGUGCGACGAGUAUCUCUUUGGCUCCUACUCCGAUUCGGACUCGGUGUCCAGCUUGUCCUCAUUCUCUAGCCUUUGCAACCUCGACGGCUCAAGCGAGCGGCGCCUGGCGGGCAGGCUCGAUGGAAAUCGGCCCAGCGAGUUCCAAAUAGCAAAGAGCAAGAAGGAAAUUAUGCAGAGGGAGGAGGACCUUCAGUUCAUGUCCGGCACCAUCGGCGGCUUUGCCUUGAAGAAUAAGCUCUGGGUCGAGUUCUACGUCGAAGAAAUCGAGCCCAUGGCGUGGAAUGACACCGCCUUCUCCCACCUCGUAUACGACUCGCAGCAGAAGGACCUCGUUCUGUCCUUUGUCGAGAACCACAAACCCGGACGGGAUCGGCCGCAGCCUGGCUUGUCGGCCGACCCUGCCGCCCCGAUGGACGAUGUCAUCGUCGGCAAGGGCCAGGGGCUCAUCGUCCUCCUCUCCGGGCCUCCGGGCACGGGCAAGACGCUCACAGCCGAAGCCGUGGCCGACCAAGCGCACAAGCCGCUGUACUACCUGCAAGCCGAGGACCUCGGCCUCAACGCCGCGGCGCUGUGCGCGAACAUUAAGCGUGUUUUUCAGAUGGCGACUGAGUGGGACGCCGUCAUCCUGCUCGACGAAGCCGACGUCUUUAUGGCCGAGCGCAACCCCAACGACAUCCACAGGAACGAGCUUGUGAGCAUCUUCCUGCGCGAGCUAGAGUACUUUCGCGGCAUCAUCUUUCUCACGACAAACCUCUACAACACCAUCGACACCGCCUUCCGCAGCCGGGUUAGCCUGCAUCUGCUGUUCCACGCGCUCGACCGGAACGCUCGCGAGACAGUUUGGAGGAAGUUCCUCGACAGGCUUCCCGGGAUGAGGAAGCAUCCGGUUGCCGACGACGACGACGACGACGAUGACGCCGAAACCAGACCGGCCGCGACAUGGGUCCUCGAUAAUGGUGAUAUCCACCAGCUGAGCCUGUGGAGUCUCAACGGUCGUGAGAUUAAGAAUGCUGUGCGCAUGGUCCACAGUUGGUGCCAACAAAAGGGAUACACCAUGACGCUCGAGAGGCUGGAGAGCGGCAUCAGGGUGACGAACCCGCAUGCGACCAAGUCGGUGGAUACUGAUGACAGCUUGUAUGAGUAA